AUGAAGAGCGUUCUGAGAGCAUUCCGUGCAGACAAGGACUGCAAGAUUGCCAUCCUGCAGUAUCAGCGAGCUGAAUUCGGAGUUGGGACGGAGGAGCACCUGCAUUGGUCCAUCCUGUUGGAGACUGAAGCACUUGAAAGGAGGACAGACCUCCGAUGCUUCCAGGCUGUUGACCGCACCUACGGUGACGAGCGCGGAAAACAAUGGGAGUUGUUCGACGGUAAAGUCUCGCUGGUCAGGACACGUAAAUGCCUCGGUGGCGUCUAUAUCGGCACGGUGAAGGAGAGCCAAAUUGCGUCGAUGAGGGAGUUGUUCGCCGAGAAGGGUUGGGUGUGUGCCAGUAUCCCCGACCAAGCGACGCUACUCCCCUCGCUCCGGCUCGCAAGCGUGGCCACCAUGGCUGCAUAUGCUCAGGGCACGGGCGCGGUUCCUGUCGUUGUCGAGCUCUCUGGUUGGAGAACAUAA